AUGACCCCGACUUUCUUCAUCCCCGACCACCCCGGUCUAAGCAUGGACGAAAAGAAGUCACAUUUCGCGAUCUGGGCCUCCUCGGGUGCUCCACUGAUCAUCAGCGCAUAUAUUCCGGGUCUGUCGGAUGAGGAGAUCAAAUAUCUCUCCAACAAGGAUCUCAUCGCUGUUGACCAGGAUCCCCUCGCCGAACAAGCUGCUCUAGUCAGCCGUGACAGCCACCUCGAUGUACUAAGCCGCUCCCUGGCGAACGGUGACCGACUAGUCACUAUCCUGAACACAGGCGAACAGACCACAUCCACACAAGUCUCCCUCGAGAAGCUCGGACUUGACUCAUCCUGCCAGUAUUGUGCCCGUGAUCUCUGGACCGGCGCCGUCUUAACUAUCAAGAAGAACAUCGACGUUACCCUUGAUAGCCACGCUACCAGCGUCCAUCGCAUUGCACCCCCACAAGGAUGCACCAGCGUGACACCCACCGGUAUGAUCUUCGACACAAGCUCAGGUCGCUGUCUGACGGCAGGGAAGACGAUAUCUUUCGCGUCCUGCCAGGCCUUCAAUUCCCAGGCCUGGCGGAUCUCCGGAACCGGCAGUAAACUGACAAUCAGCCCGCUAUCAGACGUGAAAAAGUGCCUGAGGGCCACCGGAUCUAAAGUCGAUCUUGUGCCGUGCGGAAGUGAAUCAAGUGCAACGUGGAGUUACUCCAUCGCCGGUUAUUUGCAGAGUUCCAAGGGUGGUUGUUUGACGGACUCCGCCGGGGCUGCGAAGGUGGAAACUUGUAAUCAGGAUCGCGCAGAGCAGAUCAUUGGAUUGCCGAGUGGCAUUCACUUGGCCGAUGCGAGGUUACAGAAAUGA